GACGUUACAGGAAAUGCACGCGCUCAAACUGCCGCGACGUGUAGUUUUCACGCGUGGGAAGCGGACGGUGUAGCGCAGUGCCAUGAAGCUGGAGCUGUCCCGCGUGGUGCAGGGGUGUCGGCGGGGGGUGCUGACGGGGUUGGGGCGCAGUGGGGGGCACAGCCUGGAGCUGCCGGGGUGCCUGCUGUACACACGCUGUGCCUCUGUCCCACACCUGACCCACGACACACUGCACAACCUGCCACACCUGCCCACUGUCACCCAGAUCAGCCUCGACUCACUGGCGGAGCACCAGGAGGUACUGGAGGAGUUCAGAGAGGGAGUGGCCAAGUUUGCAGGUCUCCACGACACUGUGCUGUUCUGCUCUCUGCAUGACCUGGCAACCCCCCGGCCCUCAGGCUACAACACCAACAAGACAGUGUCGGUGUGGGGUUCAGGGGGCCGUAUCGAGCUCUCUGCCACUCGCUACAUGGCUCUUCAGGCGGCGGUUCGGCCCGAUUGGUACCAGAGUCUGGCGGACGGAGAGACUCCGCCCAGCGCCUCCCGCAAGAGAGCCAGGAAAGCUGUGGACCGAACCCUCACACACCUGGACGAGUGUCUGAGCCUGCACCACCAAACACAGGAGCUGCGCGGGGCGGAGAUCUUCGGGGUGGUGGAGGGGGGGGACAUGCUGGAGGAGAGGGUGCGUUCGGCUCGAGAGACGGCCAAGCGCCCCGUAGGGGGGUUUGUUCUGGACGGGUUCCACUCUGACGCCAUGGAGCCAGAGCUGAGGGGUCAGCUCAUCGCUGCGGUAACCAAGGAGCUGCCUGAGGACAAGCCCAGGCUCCUCCUGGGUAUUGGGCGUCCUGACGAGGUGCUGGCCUGUGUGGAGGCGGGCGUUGACCUGUUCGAGAGUUCCUUCCCCUUCCAGGUGACGGAGCGUGGCUGUGCUCUAUGCUUCAGCUUCAGCAUCGAGCCCGACCCCGAGAGCGCAGUGCUGGAGAGGAAUGGUCCGCAGGGCGAUGGGGGGGGCCCAGGGGUGAGAGGGGCCACAGCGCAGAACCAUCCAGAACAGAUGACCCCAUUCGAGAUGAACCUGAAAGACAAGAGGUACCGUGACGACUUCCGCCCCCUGGUGGUGGGGUGCGAGUGCUACUGCUGCCGGAACCACCAGAGGGCAUACCUGCACCACCUGCUGGUGACCAACGAGCUGCUGGCGGGGGUGCUGCUGAUGCUGCACAACCUGGCACACUACUGCGGCUUCUUCUGCGCCCUGCGGGGGGCGCUGGAGAGUGGCCGGCUGCAGGCCCUGAGGCAGAGGCUCCUGCAGGGGGAGGGGGGCGUGUAG